AGGAACGCAGUGAAACAAUUCCAAUUAUAAGUUUAGACCAUAUUGUAUGGUCUAAAAUGGAUCUUUCUAACACUCAAUCUUUGCUUUCUGACUCUAUAGAUUUCUUUCCCAUUUUCAGAAACGGUAGCGUGUCUGCUAACAGAGUUUCUAAAACGCACUCAUCACUCGGAGAUGUGGGUUUGAAGGGUUUGGCUGUUUAGGAUCGGCAAUGGAUUUUAGUUGCUUUGGUGUCUUUGAAUCCUGCAAGAAAGACACUCAAAAACAGGUACAAGGGAUCUCCACCAACAAUGUAAAGGUCUUUUCUUACAAUUCACUGCGAUUAGCAACUGGAGACUUCCAUCCAUCUAACAAAAUCGGUGGAGGUGGUUUUGGAGUUGUUUACAGGGGAGUUUUCAAAGAUGGUACCCAAGUAGCCACCAAGUGUCUUUCUGCAGAGUCUAAACAAGGAACGGAUGAGUUCUUGACAGAGAUCAAAAUGAUAUCAAAUACUCGACAUCCUAAUCUUGUUGAGCUCGUUGGUUGUUGUGUUGAGAACAAUAAUAGGAUAUUGGUGUAUGCAUAUCUGGAGAAUAACAGCCUUGCAAGAGUUUUGUUAGGUUCAAAAAGUGAACGUAUUGCUUUGGACUGGCCUACGAGAGCUAAUAUUUGCCUUGGUACAGCCUCUGGUCUUGCAUAUCUUCAUGAGGAAGCUGAACCACAUAUUGUCCACAGAGAUAUUAAAGCUAGUAAUAUACUUCUUGAUGGCAACUUUCAACCUAAAAUUGGAGAUUUUGGGCUGGCAAAACUUUUUCCUGACAAUGUCACACAUGUUAGUACCCGAGUGGCAGGAACAAUGGGAUAUUUGGCCCCAGAGUAUGCUCUCUUAGGACAACUUACAAAGAAGGCAGAUGUAUACAGUUUCGGGGUUCUUUUACUUGAAAUAAUUAGCGGUACUAGUAGCAGUAAGGCAGCAUUUGGACAGGAUUUUUUGCUUCUUGUUGAAUGGACAUGGAAACUAAGAGAACAAGGCAGGCUUCUGGAAAUUGUCGACCCAGAACUGAUUCAAUAUCCAGAAAAUGAGGUGUUGCGUUUCAUCAAGGUUGCUCUUUUUUGCACUCAAGCUGGUGCCAAUCAAAGGCCCUCAAUGAAGCAAGUAGUAGAGAUGCUUUCCAAAGAAGUGAACCUUAAUGAAAAGCUGCUGACACAACCUGGUGUCCACAAGUUUAAAAACUCUCAACACUUUGGUAGUAGCUCGGAGGAGACUUCUGAAUACAAAAAAGCCAAGCAAUAUGUAUAUUCUUAGUUGCAUGGUACCCUCAACUCAACUCAUUCAGUUUCUUGGAUCUCAUUGUUGUCAGUUUUUUAACCACUUGAUGUGUGUGUGUGUGUGUGUAUGUAUAUAUAUUUGGCCCCAUAGUCUUUAAUUACAGGGAUACAUAGAAUUUUAACCCAAAAUUUAGGUGGGUGAGAGAAAGAUGAGUCUUUAGCACAUUUAUACCUAUAAAUUUAUACAUCUCAAGUAUGGAGUUGGUAUUUCAUUUGAUUGUACCAAAGCGAAAUACUUUGUGUACAAAUGAUGGAUACUAACAGAUAUAAACAAAUUGAUGUGAUAUUAUGAAAUUAGAUAAUAUAAUUGUUUAUUUUAUAUCUAA